AUGACCUCGCACAGCGCCGCUGUUAUGGACUUUGUCCUUGGUAUCGUGCCUAAAUACACGGAGAGAAUGAAGCUCGCAGCUCCAGCCUCCGACUUCGAGCUUCUCACUCAAUUCCAGCCUGUGACCAAGUCGAUGGUGGCCCAUGGCGACAAACGAGGUGGCAACGUCCUCGGCCUUGGGAGAGUGGUCGCAGACGGUCCGGCUCUCAUGUGGCUCCUAGCACUCACGGUAGAUACUGCAGAGAACCAGGAGUUGAUCUGGCCUCUCUUACUCGAACUUGAGCGUGCCAUCAACGAGUUUGCUGUUGAGGAGGGACUUCAAGAAGACUGGGAGUUCCUCAACUACAGCGGCCUUGAUCAGACGCCAAUUUCGCACUAUGGCGAGGAAACAGUCCACUUCACGAGGAAUAUUUCGUUGGAAUACGACCCAGGCAGAGUUUUCCAGGACCUUCGGAAGACGGGCUUUCGGAUCCCUGUUUGA